AUGAUUAACGUGGUAUUGCCUUUGAUCAGUCUGGGGAAUUCUGGCACAGUAGGAGAGCAGGUUCUCCGUAGAGUCACUUUUAGGGAAAUAUGGCCUUCCAAGAUAAAAGGAGUGACCCUGUUGGCAAAUAAUAUAGGAAAUGGGAUUCAGACAUUCAGAUCCGCAUGCUUAGUAUGGUCUUUCUCCCUGGUUCCAGGGAUUAUCUUCAGCAAUGGGGAAAGAUGGAAGGUGCUCCGGCGCUUUGCCCUCACCACCCUGCGCAACUUCGGGAUGGGGGAGAACAGCAUCGAGGAGAGGAUCCAGGAGGAAGCCCAGUAUCUUCUGGAAAAGCUCCAGGACACAAAAGGGAAGCCCUUCGACCCCACCUUCCUGCUCAGCUGUGCUACGUCCAACGUCAUCUGCUCCAUCGUCUUUGGUGCCCACUUUGAUUACGACGACGAGAGGUUUCUAGCCCUCCUGGACAAGUUCAAUGACAACUUAAAGAUUGCAAGCUCUCCUUGGGGACAGAUGGCCAACAUCCUCCCAUCUUUCAUGGACCUCAUUCCUGGGCCUCACCAGAGAGUAAGCAAAAAUGCUGAAAAAUUAAAAGAGUUUGUUUCCCAAGCGGUGAAACAGCAUAAGGAGACUCUGGAUCCCAGUACCACCCGAGAUUUUAUCGACUGCUUCCUUAUUAGCAUGGAGCAGGAAAAAAAGAACGGUGUGUCAGAGUUCACCCCUGAAAACCUGGUGGCCUCAGUAAUUAAUUUGUUUGUAGCUGGAACAGAAACAACCAGCACGACCCUCAGAUACGGGCUCUUGAUUCUCCAGAAAUACCCGGAGGUAGAAGAGAAAGUGCAUGAAGAGAUUGACCGUGUGGUCGGCCGAGCCAGGGCACCGUGCGUAGCUGACCGUGGGCAGAUGCCUUACACAGACGCCGUCGUCCAUGAAAUCCAGAGGUUCAUCUCUCUCAUCCCACUGAGUCUCCCCCACUCAGUGGCCAAAGACACCCCUUUCCGACAAUACGUCAUCCCAAAGGGCACCACCAUCUUCCCUGUCCUGACGUCUGUGCUGUACGACAGCAAAGAGUUUCCAAACCCCACAGAAUUUGACCCACAACAUUUCUUGAACAAAGACGGGACCUUCAGGAAGAGUGACCACUUCAUGCCCUUCUCGGCAGGUAAAAGGGCCCAUCUCCCCCUCCCCCAAUUGUUCAGCUCCUUGGGGUCAUCCUCAUCUCUCACCUUUGGGGCAAGGAGGUGAUGC